UCCAACCUCGUCACUCGCAGCUCCAAGGCCGCUGCAGGGCUGGAGAAGCUUUUCCUUGGUGUACAAGAGAAGCAGAGAUGGAUUCAGCUCUGAAAACUCUCCAGAGCAGGAAAGCCCCAAGCAAGGUCAGGACCCCUGCUCAGCCCACCACCGUUUGGCCAAGCGAGCUGUUGGGGAAGCACGAAGCUGAGUUGCAAGACAAAGAACAAAAGUCCCAGGGGAACGUCACCAGUGUAGUCAUCUCCACACAUGCAAAGGUCCCUUCGGGCUCUUUUUUUUUGUUUUCCCCUUUGAAAUUUCAAAUUCCAGUUUGUGGACAAAGUCCUGCCUAUCUGAGAAUAUAGAUCUCCGACCACUGACCAAACUCCACUCCAAGCAGUCCUGAGGGCUGCUCUUCCCCUUGCCCACGGAUGCCUCUGCUCAGUCCCCGGGUCUGCCAGGAUCUCACCACAACUUUUGCACCUGAGCAAAGCGCUCGUACUCGUACAAAGUGGAUUUUGCGCGUUUCAACCUUAACGUCAGCAGCUCCCUUUCUGCAUGCGGAAUGGGAAGGACCAUCGGGAAGAACCAGGGAUCUCAGGAAACCACGUCUGGACCUGGAGAGAAUGUGUUUAGCAAGUGGAUGUGAUCCCUUUGGAAAUGAAGUAAUCUUGCAGCUUCCCAGGAAAAAGAUCCCUACUGAGCUCGCAGUCUGGCAGGAGCGAGCAAAGUGCCUGAAUAGUCUGUCUUGUCCCCUGCGCUCUCAAUUGCCAGUGCACAGCAAGUGCCAGGGGAGUAAAGUGGAAGCAGAACAGUCCUCAGGAGCUCCACAUCCACAGCAGCUUUGCAGCCCUGCAGCCCCCGGCCACCACAGCACUCUCCUGCGCAACACAACCCUCCCAUCCACUGCCGCAGAAAAAAAACCACCGCAGAAAGCAAGGUGCCAAGCAAUGAAUCGAAUGCUUGGAGGUCAUUGCAAUGUGGCCUGGUGCUGCCCGGCCGUGGCCCUGACCAUGCCAGGAGCAAGCGUCGCCUCGUCAGCCUUCACACCCAGAGGGACCAGCUCAGAGCCAAGCUCAUCUGAAACACCCAUUUUCCUGCACUUCCCUUCCUCCUCGGAUGACUUUUCUCCCACCGAGACCACCUCUCCUUUUACUGUGCCAAGGAGGAGACAGCUUGUUCCUGCCCUCCAAAGAUGCUGGAACACAAGUGCCACCUCAAAGGCUGAAGCUUGGACACAAGCCAUUGCUGGGAGUAAUUGCUUCUGGGACGCAGUUGAGCUCAGAGGCCCCAGUGGGAAUGUGGUGCCUCUGCCCAGUGUGGGCGAGCGGAGCCGUCAGCCCUGUGUUCACAAUACAGCCACUACCUUGAAAUUUGCCUUCUGUGAACAUUCUGCAACAUUUGCUGUUUCCACAAACAUUUCUGCCAGAAGCCUUGUUUGUUUGAAUAUUUGAGGAAAGCAAACAGAGAAGGAGCCUGAACACAAACAGUUGUGGAUGUUUUUUUGCAGUCUUUGCCCUGUUUUAGCACUGAGUCCUCUGACAGAGACGCAGGUGUCCCCCUGCCCAACGUACCCCUUGGCUCUGCUCCGUCCGCCCUGCCAACCCUGCACCCUCUGCGGUUAUUGCUGUAUGUAAAAGCAAAUUGCCCAGACCUCACUGUCUGCAGGACCACCAUCACUCACCACCCCUUUGCACUCACUUUAAGUCAACAUCAUUUCUAAUGACACGUAAAAAAUGUCAGCAGAAUCCUAGCAGAGCAUAUCUGACUCGCAGAGCGACACCUGCCCUGUGGAGCUCAAAACAGCUGCCAGCCCUGCGCCACCCGCCUCCCAGCGCUGGAGCUCAUUGCCCGCUGAUAGCCGCCCUCUCUGCUCACUCCCCCUUAUAAAAAUACCAUCGCGUUUUCAAGUGAAGCCGAGGACCAGGGUGUGCUGCUGGCCUGAUAAGCGGCCGGGGUGAGGCAGCUGCCCCAGUGCGGGUGAAGUCGCAACCCCACUGGUGAUCGCAGCCGCCCCACGACACUGAGCAUCAUCCCUGCAGACCCCACGAUGACAGGAACAUUGCCAGCUCUUCCCUGGGGAAACUUCCACCAAGUGGCAGCAAACAGCACUCAGGAUGGGGCCAGGGUGGCUAAAGCAGCGAUUGUCCCUUUUGCAUCCCAUCUAAAUCCCAGCACUUAUUGCUGGGUGCAGCAAGACCCUGCUCAGCUGUUUCUUGCCCUGGGAAGUGCUGACCCUGCCAGCACCAGGGUUACAGCUGCCCCAGGAGCCAAUGGUGACAGCAGGAGUGGGGACAGGGAAGGGGGCUGUGCCAGGUGUCCUAACACCCACCAGUCCCUGAUGGCCUCUGGGCCGUGGACACAGAGUACAAGGAGUAAACAGAUAAAUUAAAUAGCAGCAUGAAAAAUCAAAGGAGAAAAGCCCAGUUCGGGUCAUAUCUGUUGGAAAGCCAUAAAAAAUCAGAUGCGUUUGGCAAUGAAAAACUAUCGCUUCAGAGUGAAAAGAAAAAAAAUACUCAGAAAUUUUGCCUCCUCCUGUCUUUUUCGGCUGAAACUAUUCACCACAUCUGACCAAAAUGCCUGAGCAGCUCUGACGUCUCACAUUUUUCAGUGAAUUUCCAAAGCUGCUUUACGGAGCUGGCCCUGGUCAUGCGGUGGUGCCAUAACCAUUGCCCACAGGAUCCCCGGCUGCGGGAGCAGCUUCUGAAGUACAAAGAGCCUGUGCCAGAAUGGAGGGCAAUUGCCCGGAUUGUGCCCAACUCUCAUCAGGAGUUUAAAUCGGAGCCAGGAGCUUAUUGCCUCCUCUCUGCCCAGGAGGCAACCGUCCCUUUGUCCCGUCUCCAUCCCGCACCCUCUCACACACCCAUUUGCAGCCUCCCUGGGGGUUUUAGCACCCACAUGCUCAGAGGAGCCAUUUCCAGCUCACAGCCCAUCCUCGGCAGGUGCGGGUUGGGAUGCUGAGUGUGUCCCCAGCCCCGCAGCUCUCAGGGAGCUGUGGCAUCGCUCCCUUCUCCCCCAGACACCUAUGCAGGGUGCUGGGGACAAGAAACCUUUGGCACCACACGGCAAACUGGAUAUUGGGAAACCUUCCUUCAUGGAAAGGGCUGUCGGGCAUUGGAACAGGCUGCCCAGGGCAGUGCUGGAGUCACCAUCCCUGGAGCUGUUUAAAAGAUGCAUAGAUGAGGUUCUUGGGGACAUGGUUUAGAAGUGGAGUUGGCAGUGUUAGUUUAACGGUUGAAGCUGAUGAUCUUUAAGGUCUUUUCCAACCUAAACGCUUCUAUGAUUCUUUGAAAGCUAGGCACUGCCCAGUCUCCCACCCCGCCAGCCCUUCCUCGCCUCUAUUUGGAUAACUUUUUCACCCAUUUUAUUUAUGAGGACUCCCCUCCUUCUGCCAACACUCUGAGCUUCCUCUUGCUUUGGUCUGGGAGGCCCAUCUCACUUUCUUCUUAUUAUUUUUCUCUCUCCCCCUUACAAGGCCCCAGGCUGGGCAGCCCAGCCCCACGACAGCCUGAUGGAGCUUUGUUUGGCCGCGGGAGCAGAUGGGGAGAGCAGCCGCAGGUGGGACGGGCAGUGAUUCUUCCCCAGCCGCCCCGUGCUGCCCAGCUCUGCCCAUGCCUGCCCCAGCUCGGGCCACGACUCGGUCACUGACCAUCGGGCUGAAAAAAUUAGGAGAAAAUCAGGAUUUUAAAAAAAAUUUGGGAGAAAAUUAGCAACAGAAAGAUUUGCCUGCCUGUGUUGAAGGUCACCGAUGUACCAGGGCUGGCAAGCAGCUGCUUGUAUUACAGCCGGCUGCAAGUGAGCAGAAGAACUUAAUUGUAAGUGAUUAAAGAGGUUGGUCAGCUCCUUGGGUUGCACCUGUCAGGUGAAGCCUGUUGCUUGCUGCAGAAAUGAGGCUGGCUUUGCAUCCCUGGGCAAAGCAGAACACAGGCACCCUGGAUUCGGGGGCACCCAGACCAAACCACCCUACACUGCCGUGUCUCGCAGGCGGAUGGGAACAUCACUUGAGUCCCGUUCUCCUGCAAAUGAGGCACAAGCCAGUUCCUGUGAGCUGGGCGGGUCAGGAACCAGCAGCAGGGGAGGAGGAGUGUCCUGUCCUGCAGGUGACACAUGGGGCUUCAGCCUGGAGGAUGCUCAGCACCUGUGGCUGCUGGACCAGCCCACAGAGGAGCCUUUGCUCCAGGAUCCAACCCUCAUACAUCUCAGAGGUAUUGAGCCCUUGUUGUACCCGCUCACAAGCAGCCUUCGUCAUGUGGCUCCUUGUAUGUUGUCAGAGCAGCACCAGCUGGACGCAAAACCACAACCUGCACUGAACAGAUGAAAAACUCAGCAUUCGUGUGAGUCCCAGUGAUGCUUUGCACAUCCUAUAUAGUUCCUAUAUGUUUCAUUGCAAUAAGCCAAUUGACCCACGAAAACGCUGAUUAUCCCCGCAUCUGGCUGCGGCUCGCCAUGGGGCCACAUAAGCCAAAACUAAAGGGAUCUGGAGAGUUGUGAAAUGCUGGGAGCUGGGGCAUGGAAACACAGAGUCUCUCUCCAGCAGGGUGGCCAGCACGGGGGAGGAUGUGGCACCCAUAGGAGGCUGCAGACCUGGAGCAAGAGAAGCCACCACCCAGAACGGGGCCAUGAUCAAAGCAUGAGAUGGUGGCCUGGGAGCUCCCCAAGCCCUCUGGGGACCUGGCUGCAGCACAGGCAGCAGCUGGAGUGCGCGCUGAUGGCGAUGGGAGUGUUCAUGAGUAAGGAGUGGUAACGGAGAAGAGGAACAGGAUGUGAAAAUUACAGUGAGGAGAGGACAAGGUAGAAUGAUGGAGAGCCAAGAGUUAUGAUGGAGAGCCAUGGGGAAGUGAUAGAUAGCCAAGGGAUGUGAUAGAGAGCCACAGGGUGUGAUGAAGAGCCAAGGGAAAUGAUGAAGAGCCACAAGGAAGUGAUGGACAGACACGGAGUGUGAUGGAGAGCCAUGGAGUGUGAUGGAGAGCCAUGGAGAAGGGAUGGAGAACCUUGUUACUGUCAGACUUUGUCUGCUGGGGCUUCACUCCGUGCCCUGGCCAUGCCCAGGAAACUGGGGUUCCCAAAUCACACAGGACCAAAACAGCCCCAGCCCCUCGCCUUGCAGGAAAGCUGCAGCACAGGCACACUUGGUUGGACCUGUCCUGAGGAUAACAGGGGGAUGAUGAUAGCCCAGGGAUGGACACCCGUUCCCCCAUGUGCAUUUGGUGCCAUUGGCAUCUGGCAGAGCCAAGGUGAGCAGCAGCACAGGGCUGCCUAUGGCUGGUACUGGCCAGGGAGCACAGCACAGGCCUCGUGGGCAUCUCCCUGCGCUGGGGCACCCUGAGCAGCAGCAUAUGCCUGAUGCUCUGUGCCACAGAGCCUGGAGGCUGCGCUUUGUCCAGGCACCGCACUCCCUGCUGCCAAACCUGCCCAGCAGCAACACCAGCCCAGCCUCGGCCAGAGCAGCAGCGCGGGCAGGCGCCCGCUGUGCCCGCUCCCGCAGCCUUUGCGCUGGGGCAGCGUGUCACCUCCUUCCUAAACUGCUGCCACUCCUGCUGCAAAGCCUGCAGCAGCCCCUCUGCCAGCGGGACGGACGGCUCUGCUCCCUCAGGCACGUGCUUCCUUCUUCAAGCUGAGCAGAGUGAAAGGGAAAAAAUGCAUAUAUAUGUAUAUAUUCUAUAAAAGGUAAUUGGGAACCCUUUUUCUGCCUCCAU